AGCUUUUCAAAGUUUAAAAAAUGCAUAGUGCUUAUUUCGUAUUUGCAUUUGAUGUGUUGCAACAAUCACUCUUGAAUACUAGACAGUGCAUCAUUUAUUUUCGUGCUCCGCGGACUUGUGCGCAACGACAACACGCGAAAUCGGUUCGAUGCGAAAUAAAAUAUUAAUUAAUGGUAGGACGUUACUUAGUGGCUAUAUAUAAUAGAGGUGAAAACGGUGAAAAACGCAAGCAUUUAUGGAAUAGAUAAGUUUUCAAAACAGGAGUAUAUUAUUUUAUUUGAAAAUUAUUCAAACACACGCUUACAAUGAAGUUAGAAGAUUUUGGCGCUGGUUGCGUCGGCGGGGCAUGUGGUGUACUCAUCGGCCAUCCGUUGGACACAAUUAAAACAUGGCAACAAGCUUCAAAUUCAUCAGUACCAAAGGCUAUACGUCAAAUCUAUAAUCGUAACAAUGGGUUAAAUGGAUUUUACAGAGGGAUGCUAUUUCCGUUCGUCACAACCGGUGCGAUUAAUUCAAUACUCUUUGGGAUCUAUGGCAAUCAUUUGCGACAACUACGACGAGUCUGUCACAGUGAUUAUCAACGCGAACAGUUGGAGUAUCAAAAUAUGUUCAUUGCUGGAUCCAUUGCAGGAUUUGUGCAAUCUUUCAUCGCAUGUCCCAUUGAGCUGGUGAAAGUGAGACUUCAGACACAUUGUUAUUAUAAUGAAUAUAUUUUCGGGCAAAGGCGUACGCCUUGGGGAGUUUUUAAAAAAGUCAUAAAAGUGGACGGAGUUUCUGGCUUAUACAGAGGUCUGCUACCAAUGAUGUGUCGCGAUGUGUUUCCCUACGGUAUUUAUAUGAUGGUGUACCGUCAAACUGUUGACUUCCUGGAAACUACACCCAUAGUGCAAAAACGUCGCAUUAAAAAUGAAGGUUCUAAUGUCGACUUUCUUGUUACAACAUUGGCGGGCGCUUGGGCUGGCAUUCUUUCAUGGGUGUGUGUGAUUCCUUUCGAUGUGGUAAAGACUAUAAUGCAAGCGGAGAGCAAUAAACAAUACCGCAACAUAAGGCACUGUUUGGUGAAAAAUUUUAAAUUGUAUGGAUGGCGCCGCUUAUUCCGCGGUAGUUGGAUGCUAGUGGUUCGUGCAAUGCCGGUAAAUGCAGCAACAUUUUUGGGAUACGAAUAUGCUUUGGAAUGGUUUCACAAAUUAAAUGACUCAUAUAUUUGAGAUCGUGUAGAACUCAUAUACUACAUAGGGAUAUACAAACAAAUAUAUGACACAAAAUAAUAUAAUUGGAUACCGUUAUUUUUAAUAUUAUUUGUUUCUGUUGCUUUUAUUAAUUUUACAAAAAAAAUUGAAUUUUUUAUAAGUGAUGCUCUUAAUUUCGAAACCUUAUAAAAUUUAUCAGAUAUUUUUCAUAUAAGUAAAUAAAAAUUUGAGCAAAUAAAUAUUUUAUAUCAAAAAAAUACCACUUUUUAUUAAAAAAUAAAAAAAGUUUAUACAUUUGGAAUUAUUAGCUGUUUUUAUUGUACGCACUCUGCUGUCAUUACAGUCAAUGGCAAACGCUCUGAGCUAAAAAAGAAAUGCCAAAUCUUUUUGAACUGUAUUUCAUUGGCAACUCUGGCGCAAAGAAGAAGUCAACAAACGAAAAAACAAUGCACAACACAACGAAGCAAAAACCAAAACAAAAACGAAAAGUUGAGUAGAAAAGUCGAAAUAGAAUGAGAUACAAAGCAAAGUGGCGUUAAUAAUAUCAGCGAAGUUUGCUACUGAAAUGAAUCCAAAGAGGCGGAGGAGCCGACGGAAUGAAUCAUUUGUACAACGCGAAUGUUGGGAAGUUUAGAGCAGAGUCAUCGUGUAUGGUGUACGUCUUCGCGAUUGAA